AUGUCGGAGGAUGAUUGGGAAACGGCGGACCUCUCUUCAGGUCUAAGCGAAGCAAAGGCGAAAUCAAAGCUCUCUCUACGAGCCGGUGCGCCAACUUUUUCACCUCGUCCCGCUACCUCGUCGUCAGGUGACGCCGGUCCGUCCCGACAAUCACCCGCUACCACGCCGUACAUCGCUCGACCUGCUCUCUAUACUCAAGAUGAGCCAAAAAGGUCAUCCCCCUUGGGUAGCUCAGGCGGAGAUGAGUGGUUCAGGGGUCCGAAACCCGCUUCGAAUCGACAAAUAUGGGAUGCAGCCAACAAUCACCUCCCCUCUCCUCUACCCACCGCUAUCGGUUCUCCAUCCAUCGCGCUCGCCUCCCCUAUUCCUCAGCCGGGUAUAACGAUCCUUCGACGUCAGCCGGGCGGAGCCGAGAAGAAGCGCGGCGGCGGGACGCAGACGCCGCCAAAGACGAUGGAAGAGCGGGAGGAGGAGUACCGAUUGGCGAGGGAGCGUAUCUUUGGCGGAUCCUCUGCGGCGACUACAGCGGGGCAGGGCGGUAUAGGGGAACCGAGUCGAUCAAACAGUAACGGCGGGAGAGCGAGGACACCUACCCAAGCUGUUGCCGGAUGGGAGAGGACCAUCCCGCCUGCUGGGAGGCUGUACGAUGAGUUUACGGGUCAGCCGGGGCUGAGUCCGGUGCCGGUACAGGCGGUGAGGCGGAGUCCUGCGCCUGGGAUUCUGCGGCAGCCCAUGGGUCCGGGAGAAGGCGGUGGGUUUGGGCGGUAG